AUGACGGAGAAGGAUGCGAUGAGCUCCGCAUCCGGACUGGGCGCCGAGACGGGAGGACCCCAGAACACCAAGACCGAAACUCCUCAGCAGUAUCAGCCGCCCGACGUCGAUCCCGAGUCCGAGCCCUCUAGUGAUGAAGAGUCCAGGCGGCCGAGCGCGGCCUUCGACGAGCGCGUCUCGAACGAGCCUCUGCCCGACAUUGGCAAAUAUCCCGACGGCGGCUGGCGUGCCUGGCUGGUCGUCGCCGGUGCCGCAUGUGGGCUGUUUACCAGUUUUGGGUGGACCAAUUUGUCGGCAGGCUCGGGCGUGUUCCAGGCGUACUACCAGUCACAUCAGCUCAGCGAAUACAGUCCAAGCACUGUCGCGUGGAUUCCUGCAUUGAUGGGAAGCAUGAUCUACAUCUCUGGCCCCAUCGUCGGACGAGUAUUCGACAACUACGGCCCCCGCCACAUCCUACUCCUCGGCUCCUUCAUGCACGUCUUCGGCAUCAUGAUGGCCUCCGUCUCGACGCAGUACUACCAGAUCGUCCUGUCCCAGGGGAUCUGCAGCCCCAUCGGCUCCAGCAUGAUCCUCUACCCCUGCUUCAGCUGCGUGGCUACCUGGUUCCAGAAGCGCCGCGCCGUGGCGAUGGGCAUCGUCGCCGCCGGCUCUAGCCUCGCGGGCGUCAUCCUACCCAUCAUGGUUGAGCGGCUCAUGCCGACCAUCCGCUUCGGCUGGACCAUGCGCUGCUGCGCCUUCAUGUUCCUGGGGCUGCUCGUCGUCGUCAACCUGACGGUGCGGUCGCGCAUCCCGCCGCACCCGCGCGGCUUCGCGCUCCUGUCCUUCGUCACGCCCUUCCGGGACCCGGAGUUCGUGCUCACGGCCGCGGCGUCCUUGUUCUUCUCGAUGGGCAUCUUUGUCGUCAUUACCUUCCUCAUCGCUUACGGCUCCUCCAUCGGCAUGCGGCCCAUCAUGGCGAGCGCGCUGGCGUCGGUGUUCAACGCCGGCAGCGCGCUCGGCCGCGUCAGCAUGGGCUGGGCGGCCGACCGGUGCGGCAACUUCAACCUAUCCCUCACGGCCGCGGCCCUGACCGGCGUCAUGGUCCUGGGCGUCUGGCUGCCGACGCGCGGCGAGGCCGCUGCCUUUGUGUUCGCGGCCCUGUUUGGCUACAACUCUGGCGCCUUCACGUCUCUGACCCCGGCCAUCGUGGCCCAGAUCUCCGACAUACACGAGGUGGGCUCUCGGACGGGGAGCAUGAACAUAUUCGUGGCCGUGGCGUCCCUGGCCGGAGGGCCGAUCGGCGGCGCGCUCGUCUCGGCCGACGGAGGCGAUUACUACAAGUUGCAGGCGUUCACGGCAGCGAUGCUCUUUGCCGGGUGCGGUUUUUACACAGCGGCCAGGAUGCACUUAAGUUCCUGGAAACUCUGGGCAAAAAUAUGA